AUGGAAAAAAUUUACCAGUACUAUUUUCAACAGCCAAAUAAAAAUUUUGAAUUUAAUUCAGAAAAUAUAAAUAAUUUAGUAAAAAAUAAAAAAACAAUUAAAAUAAGUCCACAAAAAGGUUAUGUGAUAAAGACAUAUGAUAAAAAUGGAGAAAAAGUUUAUUUUAAUAUAUGUUCUUCUAAUUUAAUUUCAGAAUUUCAUUUUAAAAAAAUUCCUGACCUAAACAAUGAAGAGGGAUUAAGAAUACCUUUAAGUAUAGGUGAAGAAAAAAACAAAGAAGAUAAAAAAGGGAAUAAAUAUAAGACUUAUGAUAUUGUUCUUAACACAAAAAUUGUUACACAAAGUAAAACUGAUUCUCAUUUAAAAAAAAUAAUAGCUGAAUUAGUUCAGGCAGCUAUCAAAAAUAAAUACAAAACAGAAACAUGUUCAAAUUUGUUUUUCUUUCCUGAUCAUAAAUAUAAAGGUAAUUACCCAGAGGAUCAAUUUAUAAAAGAUGACCAACAACAUAAGUUUGAAAUUGUAGAAGAAGGUGAAAAGAGCGAAAAAAAUAUGAACAGUAAUAAUAAAGAAAAUGAAGAUAAAGCAAUUAAUAUAGAAAAAAUGUUAACAAUAAAAGAACCACAAUGGGAUAUGUGGUUUGUUAAUAAAAAUGUAUUAGAAGAAAAAUAUAAAAAAAUGAAUAAAUUUUAUAUACCUUACAUACGUAUGUUCCCGCUAGACAAUGCAAUUUAUGGUUUUGAUUUUAAACCCCCAUUUUUAAAUAAUAAUGAAAAAAAAAAAAAUUAUAAUACAAAUUUUCGAUCUUUUUUAAAUGAUUAUAAUGUUGAUUUAGAUGAUGAUUUUUUAUUAUAUGAACAAAUUGAUAACACUAUUUGUAUUAUUCAAAUUCACCUCCCUUUUUUUAUUUUCGCCCAACGUAAUAUGAACAAUUUAAUUAACAUUUUCCCCAUUAGCCAAUUUUUAAAUAUUUACAUAAGUGAUGAAUGCUUAAAAAUCCUUUUUAAAAAAUCGCCACUUUUCCCGACCGGAUAUAAUCCACCAUAUAAAAGUUUCACUAUACGUUUUCCUUUUUACUAUAAAUCGUCAAAAGUGAUAUCACAAUAUUUGGAAAAAUAUGCCUUGUUAAAUGUUAUAAUACCAGUUACCAAAAAUAGUGCAUCCUCAAUAAUAUUUAAAGAAAUUGUCAAAAGCAAAAAUGAUGAUGUUUUUUCAGAUGAAGAAUCUAGUUGUGAUUCUAUAUUUUGA